CCAGAUCGAGUUCACCCAGUUCUACCCUCAACCCGGAUGGGUGGAGCAUGAUCCGGUGGAGAUUCUCGAGAGUGUGAAGAUCUGUAUUGCUAAGGCCGUCGACAAGGCCACCGCCGAUGGCCACAACAUAGACGGCGGCCUCAAAGCCGUGGGUCUCACCAAUCAGAGAGAGACCACCGUGGUGUGGAGCAAAUCCACCGGCCUUCCUCUCUACAAUGCCAUUGUUUGGAUGGACGCCCGUACUACUUCCAUUUGCAGGAAAUUGGAGAAGGAAUUACCUGGUGGGAGAACUCAUUUUGUUGAGACAUGUGGACUGCCUAUAAGCACCUACUUCAGUGCCAUGAAGCUGUUGUGGCUGUUGGAGAACGUGGAUGCUGUCAAGGAAUCCGUAAAGAAAGGGGAUGCCCUUUUUGGGACGGUCGACACUUGGAUAAUUUGGAAUAUGACUGGAGGAGUGGACAAAGGGCUCCACGUCACCGAUGUGUCCAAUGCAUCAAGAACCAUGUUAAUGAACCUCAAAACUCUUGAUUGGGACAAGCCAACACUUGACCUAUUGGGAAUUCCUAGUGAGAUUUUGCCCAAAAUCGUUAGCAACUCUGAAAUCAUAGGGAACAUUGCCCAGGGAUGGCCAAUCACAGAUAUCCCAAUAUCGGGUUGCCUUGGGGACCAACACGCUGCAAUGGUGGGCCAGGCUUGCCGAAGAGGUGAAGCAAAGAGCACAUACGGAACAGGUGCGUUCAUACUCCUUAACACCGGUGAGGAGGCGAUCAAGUCAAACCAUGGACUUUUAAGCACUUUGGCUUAUAAGCUGGGACCAAACGCUCCAGCAAAUUAUGCCUUGGAGGGCUCGAUUGCCAUAGCUGGAGCAGCUGUCCAGUGGCUUAGGGAUAGUCUGAAUAUAAUCAGCAGCGCUAGUGAGAUUGAGGAGUUGGCAUCAAAGGUUGAUUCGAGUGGGGGAGUUUAUUUCGUGCCGGCUUUUAAUGGGCUGUUUGCGCCAUGGUGGAGGGAUGAUGCUAGGGGAAUUUGUAUUGGGAUCACAAGGUUCACAAACAAGUCCCACAUUGCUAGAGCUGUUCUUGAGAGUAUGUGUUUUCAAGUUAGGGAUGUUUUAGAGUCAAUGCAUAAGGAUGCCGGGGAAAAGGGGGAGGUUAAGAAUGAUUUGGGGGAAUUCGUACUUAGGGUUGAUGGUGGGGCCACUGUUAACAAUCUUCUGAUGCAGAUACAGGCAGAUUUGCUAGGCAGUCCAGUGGUGAGGCCAGCGGAUAUAGAGACGACAGCCCUUGGGGCUGCGUUAGCUGCCGGAUUAGCUAUUGGAGUCUGGACAGAAAGUGAAAUAUUUUCAUCCGGCGAGAGAAAGGAAAAAUCUGCCAUUUUCCAUUCAGUGAUUGAUGAUGAACUGAGGAAGAAGAAGGUGGAUUCUUGGUGCAAAGCUGUCACUAGAAGUUUUGAUUUGGCCGAUCUAUCUUUGUAAUUAAAAGUUCUCUAUUUUUUACUCCGUAACAUUCUUAUCUAAUUUAUAUAAGUAAUAAAAUACUGCUGCUGCAUGUAUUUCCAGAAGCAAAAGAUGCCUCUUGAUCCAUAAUUUGUUGUUAUAUAUUAAUCGAGGGCCAAGGGAAAUACAUGUAGUAGCCAUUGGUUCAGAAUCUUCAAAUUUACACAUUCAAGUAUCUAAUUUCAGA